GAGGGAACCAAAGGAAGUGAUAACAGCCUGAGGUUAAAGUCUAAACUCACACUUCAGUCAGACGGCGUGGAUCCGGUCUUGCCCUCCAGACUCUCAAGUCUUUCUGCAGUCUCCUCAAGUCCUCGCUUCUGAAAGUCCCUCUAUGCACCAAAAAUGUCUACAGCUGGGAAGGUCAUCAAAUGCAUGGCAGCAGUAGCCUGGGAGCCCAACAAGCCUGUGGUUAUAGAGGAGAUUGAGGUGGCCCCACCACAGGCCGAUGAGGUCCGCAUCAAGAUCGUGGCGACAUCGGUGUGCCACUCUGACCUGUACCACCUUCUGGAAGCUAUGAAUAAAGACGGCUUUCCAACAGUCCUCGGGCACGAGGGUGCCGGCAUCGUGGAGAGUGUCGGAGCUGGAGUCACCGAAUUUCAGCCAGGAGACAAGGUGAUUCCUAUUUUCCUCUCCAACUGCAGAGAAUGUCGCUUCUGUAAGAGUCCCAGGACCAACCAGUGUGAAAUAGCAUGGACCAGAAUUCGUCAGUGUGUGAUGGCAGCUGUGGAAACCAGAUUUACCUGUAAAGGGAAGAAGGUGCUCCAGUUUAUGGGAACCAGUACUUUCUCUGAGUACACCGUUGUACACAAAGUGGCUGUGGCGAAGAUCGACCCUGCUGCUCCUCUGGACAAAGUCUGUCUCCUCGGCUGUGGGAUCUGCACUGGUUAUGGAGCAGCAGUGAACACUGCAAAGGUUGAACCGGGCUCCACGUGUGCAGUGUUCGGUCUGGGAGCCGUGGGUCUGGCCGCAGUCAUGGGCUGCAAAGCUGCAGGAGCGAAAAGGAUUAUAGCUGUUGACAUCAACUCAGAGAAAGAAGAGAAGGCCAAAGUAUUCGGUGCGACUGACUUUGUUAACCCCAAAGAUCACAGUGAACCCAUCCAUGAAGUGAUUGCUGCGAUGACCAACGGAGGAGUGGACUUCUCUCUGGAAUGUGUCGGGAAUGUGGGAGUCAUGCGCAGUGCGCUGGAGUCCAGUAUGCCGGCUUGGGGUGUCAGCGUAAUUGUUGGCUGGACAGAGCUGCACGAUAUUGCGAUCCAACCUCUUCACCUCAUCUGUGGACGUACAUGGAAGGGCUCUUUGUUUGGAGGGUUUAAGAGUAAGGAUGGUGUUCCUGAGAUGGUUAAAGCCUACAUGGAUAAGAAGCUGAUGGUGGAUGAAUUCAUUACUCACAACAUGACUUUGGACCAAGUUAAUGAUGCCAUUGAACUAAUGAAGCAAUGCAAAUGCAUCCGGGCUGUCAUGAGUGUGUCUCCAGAAUAACACAACUCUGUCCAUGAUUACCAUUUCACUUCACAGCAGAACACGCAAUCUUCAUGUAGCACCUCUAUGCUACUUUUAGGGAAAGACACUGACAUCACUCCAGGUUCUAUAGGGGGUCACAGCAAAUAAAUACUCAUAAAGAAGCGGGUAUUGGAUUUAAGAACAGUUACUCUACUGCCACAACCAGAAAUAUUUAGGCCCUUACACUGUACUGUACAAUUAAUGGAACCAGGGGCCACAAAGUGAAAUGAAAUCAAAAAACAUAAACAAAUUAAAAUAAAUAAUAUCAGUCCCUCUUAAUUGAGCUCAAUUCAAAAUGGAUUCAGUUCUGUGCACAUGCAAGUACAUACGAUUCUCACCAGUGUCCACUAUUCCUACCACUACUACUACUACUACUACUACUACUACUACUACCCGGUAGUUAGUUUAUCUUAUCUGAUGAAUGGGAUGUUAAGUUGAUCCAAAGUCCUUCGUGCUGAUCGUAUGGCUGGCCACAAAGCAUAUCUGACUACCCUGGAAUUACUGGGCUGGGCUCGCCAUCCAAAUGGUGUGAUGUGUGAAGUGCAGACGAUCCACACACAAAAAAACAACCUACACAAGGGGUGCAAAUUUAUCAGAUUAUGAAGGUUCUCCACAAUUGCUGCAUGAGAUCUCGUUAGCUUCUCUUCUAUACAUUUAACACGGCAUGUGCAUACCAAAGAUGGUUACACUUACAGGUAGUUAUUUAUCAUAACAAUCCUUUUUUUUAAAUAGUGCAAUCACUGUAAGCUACAGUAUUUCUUUUACAUACAAACAUAUGCAUUCCUUUUUGCUUUUAUCAUUUAACUGUUGUUUUAACAUGUUACUAUUCAACCAAAAUUAAUUAACCAAAUAAAGUAUUAUGAAAUGUAAUAUCAACCACAUAGCUAUAUACCACAAUAACUUGAAGAAGUUAACUUAUGUACACAAGGUGCUCUAAUGGCUUUAAAAUAAAUUACUAGUUGGUUCAUCAUGUCAGUAACUCGCGCUUUGCAUUAUCAUAAUGCUAACGAUCUUUUAUAACACUUAAAACAUAACUUAAGUGCAUAAACAUGACAUAGAAAUAUUAAAAACACAUCUGAAAUCUAUACGUGUUAUUCCUGAGCAGUUUCACAAAGUUGAAAACGUAUUUCUGCGGCUGGAUCCAUCGUACUUCCCUCUGUCGGUCUCGUUUUGCUGCUGCUCAUCCUUCCCGCCUCUCUGUUCUGUUUUGUUUUGUUUUACUGGUGGUAGGAAGAUAUGUCACAUAACCAUAAGCCUCUUCAUAGUUUAUUAGACUACAUGGAUGAAACUAGUAACCCGAUUGUCCAUAUGGGUUACAAACACAAUGAAGAUGAUUAACUUCUGAUGAGUGAUUUAUUACCAAAAGCUGAUUGUGUCAUGGAAAAAUAAAUGAGUCUCAGGGAUCAUGAAUAAAGUGUAACAA